GCUACAGUGUAGUUUGUGUGUCAAAUCACUUAUCAGGCUGCUAAAAGAUAUAAGAGAAGAAAGUGGAAAAUUGUCAUACUAAAGUUCAGAAUUGUUAUUCAGAAUGACACCUUUGGUCUUGUAUUACUUCCCGAGCAGUGGACCUUGUCGCAUGGCACUUAGCGCAAUAAGAUGUUUGGGCCUUGAUGUUGAGAUUCGCGAGAUCGAUUUGCUCGCGAAAGAACAGCUGAAAGAAGACUUUAUCAGAAUUAAUCCGCAACACACGGUGCCAACGCUUGAUGAUGAUGGCUUCAUUUUGACUGAAUCUCGAGCAAUUGCCUUAUAUUUGGUGGAAAAGUAUUUCCCGAACGGUCAUUCCUUGUAUCCAAAAGAUGUGAAACAACGAGCUUUAAUCAAUCAGCGUUUGCAAUUCGAUUGUGGCACUCUUUAUCCUCGAAUCAAAGCUAUUCAAUGGAAAAUCAUGUACACUGGAGCAACAACAAUCAAUGAAGAAGACCGUCAAAAUGCGUAUAAGGCUCUGGAAAUGUUGAAUACAUUCUUGGAUGGUAAUAAAUAUCUUACCGGCAGUGAAGAGCCAACAUUGGCUGAUGCGAUCACUUUUGUUUCGGUGACCAACGUUGUUAAAUUGGGCAAUGACCUGAGCAAAUUUCCAAACAUAGCCGCUUGGUUUGAGCGCUGUAAAGCACUACCAUCUGCCGCUGAUAACUUUGCCGGUGCAAAAUUGAUGGAAGAAAGAGUGAGAAGCACCUUGACUGAAAAUUUAUAAAUUGUUCGAAUGAGAUCAUCUCAUUAGGAGACUUCUGUGAGAACACUGAAAUAUUCAUUUGAAAAUGUUAUCAUUUUAAAUAUGGGCCAAUGGUAAAAAGCAGAAAAUACGUAAUAAAACCACAAUAAUUUUUUUAUAUUUCAAAAUUGUAAAUAAAACUGUACAUAUUUAUUGACUGCGUGA